GCCCGGGGGACGGGCAAUAGAUAAAUUGAUUGAGUGAUUGAUUGAUCGGACUGACGCGUACACGUACCGUACCGUACCCGUAACCCCAGCUCCCCAGCUCCCCAGCUCCUGUCUCGACUCGACUCUCGACUCGACUCUCGACUCUUGACUCUUGACUCGCACCGACGAUCCGGUCGCCACAUUUAUCUGAAUACCUACAUCCUACAUACCUCAAGACCUACAAAGCAGUUAUCGGAAGAUACGACGAUACACAGGGACUAUACGAAUAACUCGACGGACACGACGGGCAGAUAGACACGGCGGACGACAGGCAACGAUGUCCUCGAAAUGGGCGGGUGCGCCACAUAUCAAAGGUCCGACGGAGGCGGUGAGGAUGGUGUUGUUGACUAUUAGUCUUACGGGCGUGCAAUUGGUUUGGGGAAUUGAGAUGGCUUACUGCGCACCAUACCUCCUCUCGCUCGGCCUCACGAAGUCCCUCAUGUCUCUAGUCUGGAACGUCGGGCCAAUCAGCGGAAUGAUCUGCCAGCCGAUCGUAGGAGUUCUCGCGGACCGUUCGACCUCACGCUUCGGGCGGCGCCGACCCGUGCUCGUGAUCGGGAGUGUCUGUGUCGCCGCCGCGCUGCUGAUCCUCGGCUGGACCAGGGAGAUCGUGGGAUUCUUUGUCCCCGCUGGCGACGCGGCGGAUACACUCACGAUCAUCAUGGCGGUGCUGAUGAUCUACGUGGUCGAUUUUGCGAUCAAUGCCGUCCAGGCGUGCUGUCGUGCCCUCAUUGUGGAUACUCUGCCCGUCACGAGUCAGCAGCAUGGCAGUGCGUGGGCGAGUAGGAUGAUCGCGGUCGGGAAUAUCGUGGGGUAUUUUGCCGGCAUGAUCGAUCUGCGCAGUAUCUUUGGUAAUGCCCUGGGUGACUCGCAGUUUAAACAGCUGAUGGUCCUCUCGGCGUUCCUGCUCAUGCUGUGUGUCGGCAUUACGUGUGCGUGCGUUACAGAGAGGGUGCUGCUGUCGAGAAGGGAUACGGGCUCGGGCGUCGUGCAUAUGUUCCGUGUCAUAUGGAACACGAUGUUUCAUCUGCCGAGGAAUAUCUGGGCCAUAUGCAUAAUCCUCUUUUGGGCCUGGGUAGGCUGGUUUCCCUUCCAAGUGUAUAGCACCACCUUCGUGGGCGAGGUUCUCAAGCGUUACGACACUUCCUACACAUCCACUGGCUCAUCCGACGACAAACUCGGCGAGAUCGCGCGAGUCGGCUCCAUGGCGCUCGUGCUCUUCUCCUGCGUAUCCCUGGUCGCCUCCAUCUCCCUCCCAUGGGUGAUCGAGGCACCUCCCAGCGACACACUGCACAAGAAGCCCGUGCCGACCUCCAACAGCACCGUAGCCCGGUUCCUGCGCUGGGUCGAGCUGCGAAAACCCGAGCUCACAUCGGUCUGGGUGUGGGCGCACGUAUCGUUCGCAGGGCUGAUGUUCCUGACGCUAUUUGCGGCGAGCGUCGGCUUCGCCACGUUCCUGGUCGCGCUCAGCGGCGUGGCCUGGGCGCUGAUGACCUGGGCGCCGUUCUCGAUCGUCGGCGAGGAGAUCCAGCGGCUGAGUGGCGACGGGCUCGCGCAUCGCCGCCCGCGCUCAGGCCUGUACGAGCCAGUCGCGGUCAUGGACGAGGACGCCGACGCUGUCGAGAUGACAGGCCCCUCCUCCGCCUCUGGCUCGCCGCACCUCGCAAGACCCGUCGACCUCGAAUCCGCAUCCGUCUCGAGCAACGAGUUGUCCGGCGUCUACCUAGGAAUCUUGAAUAUCUUCGCCUGCCUCCCGCAAAUGGUCGGCUCAUUCAUCAGCUUCAUCGUGUUCUCGCUGCUGGAGCCAGGGAAGAGCCCCGAGUUCUCGGACGACAAGGAAGCCAUCGAGCCCCCCGAGGGCGGCGUCAACGCCAUUGCUGUGUGUAUGGGUAUUGGAGGCGUGUGUACCCUCGUCGCCGCACAUUAUACGGUCAGGUUUAAGACGGGGUAUCAAUAGUAUGGGAAGGGAAGGGUGGAUGGAUGGAUAGAGGGCGUUUAAAUCUUUAAAAUCUUUUUGUAACUACGGUUUGGUGGCGAAUUUAUUGUUUUUGGGUUAUUGUGAAGAGAGGGUGGGAGGGUGCUCUGCUCCAGCUUUGCAGGUGCGCAUGUACUCUAAGUGGUCUUAUCUGUCCUCACUUCUUUCGCCCGCCUCAUGGUGGAUACCUCCUGUCACAGUGAGGGAAUCUAUGUCGUUUCCAGAC